AUGGCACGCAAGGAUGAUGCCAAGUGGGAAGCGAGAAAGGCCAAGCACGCCGACGAGUCCAAUUGCAAGUUUAAAGAUUACGGUGAGAUCGACUAUGCGAGCAUCGCCUGUUUCCUGAGCUUCCAGGGGCCUUCGAAACACACGUCUAAACGCCUCGACAGGAAGCUUCUGCCAUCCCCUCGCAGUGAGACGCUAAAAGACGCCACCAGCAGGGCGGAAGGCGAUGGCACGAAGAUAUCCUCACUGUCGCAGCCGGUUCCCGAAAAGCGCGUCCCCCUCCAAGACACAACGCAGCAGGGCGAGGGGAGUCUCUGCCACUCAGGUUUCAAAGCCGACGGUAGCAGCAGCCUCUCGAGGCGGCAGCCCGUCGGUCCGGCCGGCGGCAGCAGCUCCUCCCGCGAGAAAGAGCACAAGACCAAUACCGAGCACACGGAGUCGCGCGAGCGGAACACGGCGGCAUCCCACUCUCAGAAUGUCGAGAAAGAGUCAUCGUCCUCGAAGUCCGGCAGAAGUGGGAAGGAGAAAGAGUGGGCGCAGGAAAAGAGCAGGCAUCACCGGGAUAAGCAUCACAAGCAUUCUUCUUCAAUGAAGACUUCGACGUUGCACAGGCAGGACAAGUCGUCGUUGUCAAAGGGGUCGUCUCACACGCAGAAGGAUCGUGAGGAUAAGUCCAAGCAGAGCAAGAUGAAGCAGGCGAACAUCAAGCAGCUGCUGACGGACUGCGGCAUUGACGAUUCGGACUCUGACGGAGAGGCGCCCGCGCCGAAGAAGCCGUGGGACGAGACCUCCCUCAAACAUACUCCGGUCGCUAUGAGGA